UUCCCCUCUAGCUUUUCUUCCCUAAAGUUUACAUUAUAUUCUCUCUCUUUCAGUAUUCUCUCCCAUGGAUUCACAAAACCAAUAAAGAAAUAAUAAAGCAAACUUACCAUCAAUUACCAACUAAAAAAACCGCGUUCCCAUUUUUCAGAACUUUUGAUUUUGUUCAUCAAGAACCCAAAAUUCAAAGCUCAAACGCAGCGGAAAAAAAAAGAAAAAAUCAGUUCUAGAAUCAAAGAUGGAUGCACGAGAAAAGUGUUUGUCUUAAGCCCUAAGCUAUACAAGUCCAGAGUCAAAAAACACAUAGCCGGCGUUAGGGUCAAUAUGGGCGGCUAACCUGCCUCUUUCUUUCUUGUGGUGGUUUCCAUUCUCUAUCUCCAUUUGCCUUCUCUUUUGUGGUCGCGCGCUCAGCUUCUCCGAUCCCCAAGAAUCCUAUGUUUCUGGUUUUGAUUUUGUCUAUAUGCAGAAGCUGCCUUUCAACGACAUUCCGACAUGUUCAACCUUCGCAUGUGCUGAAAUAUCCAUGAACUCAGCUUGUCUCUGUUCUUUGUUUGGUGUUUUGUUUUCUGGGAAUUUAAUAGCCGAUCAAUCACUGUAAAUUUCACAAAUAAGAAGACGAAGAAAAGGAGGAAGAAGAAUAACGUUUAUUAGAACAAACAUGUCAGAUGAGGAAACUGAUUCGUGGUCUACUGCGUUAAUCAUUUUCUUAAUCUUGAUCUCAGGUGUACUGCUUGUUUCUGGAGAUUCUCUGCACACAGACAGAGAUGUACUACUCCAACUAAAAUCAUUUCUUGAAGACAACAAUAAGGUAAACCGUGGACGAUACUCGGAGUGGAACAAUGGGAACUCAAGUUCAAUCAACCCAUGCAAUUGGGCGGGAAUAAAAUGCAGUCAUAGUAACGGCACAGAGGAAAGGGUAACGGGCAUCAACAUCUCCUACAGCCACAUUGCCGGCGAGAUAUUCGGGAACUUUUCAUCUCUAACCGAGCUCACCUACCUCGACCUCUCCAGAAACACUCUUGGCGGAGUGAUCCACAGCGACUUGAGUCGGUGCCAGAAGCUCGUUCAUCUCAAUUUGUCCCACAACAUCAUCAACGGAGAGCUGAACCUGACCGGAUUGAGCAACUUGGAGAAGCUUGAUUUGUCCGUCAACAGGUUUAGUGGGGAGGUACGAAUGAGCAUACCGGUAAGUUGCGACAACUUGGUUGUGGUGAAUAUAUCGGCGAAUAAUUUCACCGGCAAAAUUAAUGGAAGCUUCUUCGAUGGAUGCUCGAAGUUGCAGUACUUGGAUUUGAGCUCAAACAAUUUAACUGGGGAGUUAUGGAAUGGUUUUGGGAGGCUGCUAGACUUCUCUGUCUCAGAAAACCAACUCAGCGGGCCUGUAUUGCCGUCCAUGUUCAUUGAUAACUGCAGCUUGCACUUUUUAGACCUGUCGGAAAAUGGUUUUGUCGGGGAGUUUCCAGGGGAAAUAUCAAAGUGUCGAAAUUUGGUUAUCUUGAAUCUGUCGGAGAACAAUUUCACGGGGCAGAUACCGGCUGAGCUGGGAUCGAUUCCGAGUCUUGAAGCAUUGUACUUGGGAAGCAACAAAUUUUCCCGUAAGAUCCCUGAUUCGCUCCAAAAUUUGACUAAAUUGACCUUCCUGGAUUUGAGCAAGAACAAUUUCGGGGAUAAUAUACAGGAAAAUUUGGGAAAUUUCAUACAGGUUAAGUUUCUUCUGCUGCACGGGAAUUCAUUCACCGGCGGGAUAAAUUCGUCUGGAAUUCUGAAGCUACCUAAUAUUUUGAGAAUAGACCUGAGCCGCAACAUGUUUUCGGGUUCUCUUCCAGUUGAAAUUACUCAUGUGUCAAGUUUGAAAUUCUUGAUCCUUGCUGACAACCAGUUUUCCGGUGCCAUUCCACCGGAAUUCGGAAACUUGUCAAGCCUACAAGCCCUCGACCUUUCUUUCAACAGGCUAACUGGAUCAGUUCCUCCCACUCUUGGAAAGCUGAGCUCACUCUUAUGGUUGAUGCUAGCUAACAAUUCACUAACAGGUGAAAUUCCGCCUGAGUUGGGAAGUUGCACAAGCUUGUUAUGGUUAAAUCUUGCCAACAACCAGCUUUCCGGGAAAAUACCGCCGGAAUUGACGAAUAUCGGUAGCAACCCCACGCCUACUUUCGAAUCGAAUAAACGGGAAAGUAAUCGGAUUAUUGCAGGAUCAGGAGAGUGUUUGGCAAUGAAAAGGUGGAUUCCAGCGGACUACCCUCCUUUCAGUUUUGUGUAUACCCUCCUCACAAGGAAGAGUUGCAGAAGCAUAUGGGAUAUGUUACUUCAAGGAAAUGGCCUUUUCCAGAUAUGUGCACGCGGCUCAUCAGUCCCGACCUUACAAAUCUCCGGUUAUGUUCAACUAAGUGGGAAUCGUCUUUCAGGUGAGAUCCCUGAGGAUAUCGGCAAGAUGCAGAAUUUCAGUAUGUUGCAUCUGGGCAUCAAUGAGUUCUAUGGAAAACUACCUUCUCAGAUUGGACAGAUGCCUCUUGUAGUCUUGAACGUCUCCAGGAACAAACUUUCUGGUGAAAUUCCUAAAGAAAUCGGUGACAUUACAUGCCUACAAAAAUUGGAUUUGUCUUUCAAUAAUUUCUCUGGCACUUUCCCAGCGAGCUUGGGCAACUUAACUAGCCUGAACAAGUUCAACAUUUCCUACAAUCCAUUAAUCUCAGGCACAAUUCCAUCAACUGGGCAAUUAGCAACUUUGGAGAAGGAGUCUUAUCUCGGUGUCCCCCUCUUGCACCUUCCAGAAUUUAUGAGAAGUCCUGGAGCCAAGUCUCCUGAGAGAAAGGAUGGGAGGCGCAAGAGGCCUACAAAGUUGGCUGGAUUCUUGGUGUUCCUAGCUCUGAUGUUGGCUUUCUUAAUAUUUGGGGCAUUGUCACUCAUAGUCUGCUCAUUGGUGAAAGGCCCAUCAGAAUCACCAGGGUAUCUUUUAGAGGAAACAAAAUACAGGCAUGAUUUUGCAUCAAGUUCUAGCUGUUCAUCACCUUGGUUGUCAGACACUGUUAAGGUCAUCCGCCUGGACAAAACGGCUUUCACACAUGCCGACAUUUUAAAAGCUACUGGCAACUUUUCUGAGGAGAGGAUUAUUGGGAAGGGAGGAUUUGGCACAGUGUAUCGAGGUUUAUUGCCUGACGGUAGAGAAGUUGCAGUAAAAAAGCUUCAAAGAGAAGGAAUAGAGGGUGAAAGGGAAUUCAGAGCUGAAAUGGAGGUUCUGAGUGGGAAUGGCUUUGGUUGGCCACAUCCAAACCUCGUGACACUUUAUGGGUGGUGUCUGGAUGGCUCACAGAAAAUUCUGGUUUAUGAGUACAUGGAAGGUGGAAGCUUAGAGGAUCUUGUAUCAGACAGAAUGAAGCUGACAUGGAGGAGGAGAGUUGAAGUGGCCAUUGAUGUAGCUCGAGCACUAGUGUUUCUACACCAUGAGUGUUUCCCUUCCAUUGUGCACAGGGAUGUGAAGGCCAGUAAUGUCCUGCUUGACAAGGAUGGGAAAGCAAGAGUCACAGACUUUGGUCUAGCUAGGUUUGUUGAUGCUGGGGAUAGCCAUGUGAGCACGGUGGUGGCUGGGACAAUUGGCUAUGUUGCACCAGAAUAUGGGCAGACAUGGCAUGCCACUACCAAAGGUGAUGUGUACAGUUUUGGGGUGCUGUCAAUGGAGCUGGCUACUGGGAGGAGGGCUGUGGAUGGAGGGGAAGAGAGUCUAGUCGAAUGGGCGAGACGGGUGAUGGGAAUUGGGCAACAUGGGUUAAGUAGAUCAGUGAUUCCAGUUGUGCUUUUGGGGUCCGGGUUGGCGGAGGGGGCAGAAGAGAUGUGUGAACUACUUCGGAUUGGAGUGAAGUGCACAGCUGAGUCACCACAGGCUAGACCAAACAUGAAGGAGGUGCUGGCUAUGUUGAUAAAGAUAUCCGGUACUAGGGAUGAAUUCAAUUCUGGCCCCUAUCCUCCCUCCUUGUGAUUUGUGGCCUAAAAAAUCCAGGUUUUUUUAGAGGAAGUUUUCACAAUUCUAGGAUGUUUUACACAGUCUACAUACAUAUAAUACACAUUGUUUUUCUUUCCUUCUACAAAAUUCUUUUUGUACACAGACAUUGAUAUCAUUCAUUCUGUUGAAGAAUCACAAUUUGGUU